AUGCUCGCCCUGAAAUGUAUGCUAUAUCCCCUGCUUCUAUCAUCGUACACCACUCACACCAGCUCCANNGGGGAGAAGAACGCAAAGUCCAAGGAAAUGAUCCGCGCAAAGGCUGCCGAAUACAUGGAAAGAGCUGAGAAACUCAAGAACCAUUUGGCUGAACAAGAUACGAAUCGGAAGAAACCUGCUGCUGUAGGCUCCAACGGAAAGACGUCAAACGGCGCAGGCAAGGGAAAGUGGGUACUUCUCGAGUCCGGCACUUGGUCGCACGCGCUAAUCACAUGCUUACAGANNGAUGACGAGGGUGAUGACCAAGACCCCGAAUCUAAGAAGCUACGAGGUGCUCUUGCUGGUGCCAUCUUGACCGACAAGCCCAACAUCAAGUGGGAGGACGUGGCUGGUCUGGAGCAAGCCAAGGAAGCACUGAAAGAGGCCGUCAUUCUUCCCAUCAAGUUCCCUCACCUGUUCACCGGCAAGCGUCAGCCCUGGAAGGGUAUCCUGCUCUACGGCCCCCCUGGAACUGGUAAAUCAUACCUUGCCAAAGCCGUUGCCACCGAGGCCAACAGCACUUUCUUCAGUGUCAGCAGUAGUGACUUGGUCAGCAAGUGGAUGGGUGAGAGUGAACGGUAUGUCCUUCUUCCUGCCAUAAGCAUGCAUCUACUGACUAAGGCCAACAAAGUCNUUGUGAAACAACUGUUCGGCAUGGCACGAGAGAACAAGCCUUCAAUCAUCUUCAUCGACGAAAUCGACGCCCUUUGCGGACCCAGAGGUGAAGGCGAAUCGGAAGCUUCAAGACGUAUCAAGACAGAACUUUUGGUGCAGAUGGAUGGUGUGGGACGUGAUUCGAAGGGUGUGCUCAUUCUCGGCGCAACCAAUAUCCCAUGGCAGCUCGACUCUGCCAUCCGCAGACGUUUCCAGCGAAGAGUGCACAUCAGUCUGCCCGAUCUACCGGCUAGAACACGAAUGUUCGAGCUUGCGGUAGGGUCAACACCAUGCGAGAUGAAGGCAGAAGACUACAGAACUCUGGCACAGCUCAGCGAAGGCUACUCUGGAAGCGAUAUCAGUAUUGCGGUACAAGAUGCGUUGAUGCAGCCCGUACGGAAGAUCCAGACGGCAACUCACUACAAGAAGGUUAUGGUUGACGGUCAAGAGAAGCUUACUCCAUGCUCACCGGGCGAUCAAGGAGCCACAGAGAUGACUUGGAUGGACGUUGAAACGGAUCAGCUUCUGGAGCCUCCGCUCAUGGUCAAGGACUUCAUCAAGGCAAUCAAGGCUUCAAGGCCCACAGUCAGUCAAGAAGAUCUCAAGCACAAUGCCGAGUGGACUGCAGAGUUUGGUAGUGAGGGUGCUUAG